UUUAAUAUUGUCAAGCCAUAGUGGAAAAGGUUAAACGUAUGAACCAAUCUAUUGCUUCCUGUAUUUCCUGAGAGAUCAAUCGUAUAAAACUAUACUUGAGAAUUAAACAAAGCAGCUGUACAGCUUACAAACAGACACGAACCGAUUGGUAAAAAUGGUUAAGGAGUAGUGACGAACAUAACCAUGAAUACAAAAAACUCAAUAUUUGGAUUGUUUUGUUUAUUCAUGACGUCAUGGAUGCUAAUGUCAGCAACUCUGUACAACUUUGAAAUAAUCAAUUCUCUUACACCACUGUUGAAAAUUAUGUACAAUUCUACCUACCAGAAUACCUAUCAUGUUUCAAUGAGUAGCAACACAUGGACAUUGCUAUUGUCAGUUACUGCAUCCAGUAUUUACAUUGGAGCAAUAAUAGGUGGAUUUGGAACAAACUAUUUGUUAAAUGUUCUAAGCAGACGCUCCACCAUGCAGCUCACUCAUAUCAUUCAUAUUAUUGGUGUGCUUGUGAUAUCAGUUUGUGGUGGUUUCACUUGGUCGUUUGGGGCCAUCUUUAUUGGCCGUUUGAUAACAGGAAUCUCACUUGGAAUUUCUUACAAUCUUCCUACUAUGGUAGUUGCAGAACUAUCUUCCAGAGGUAGCCAGGGAUUUUGGGAAAGUCUUGUUGGUGUAAGCGGAUUAUUUGGCCUGUUUGUUGCUGUUGUAUUUGGGAACCCUAAGGUAAUGGGAAAUAUGGAAUUGUGGCCUUACUUGGUAAGCCUGUCAAUCAUUCCUUCAAUUAUCUAUCUCAUAGUAAGUGUUUUGAUUCCUAACACACCUUUUUAUCUUGUGAGACAAGGCAAGCAUGAAGAAGCAAUUGAAACAUUAGGCAAACUUCGCAUAUCCAACCAGGUCAAUGUAACCAAAGAAAUGGAGGCAAUAAAAGAUGAAAUGAAACAAGUUAAGGCUGUUACAAUUGUAGAAAUGGUUACAACGAAAUCAUACAGAAACCAGUUCAUUGCUGUUGUUAUGCUUUACCUAAAUCUAGUGUUGGUUGGAAUAGAUGGAGUACUCAUGUACUCCAACCUUAUGUUUAAAGAAGCAGGCUUAACUACAUCUCAAGCCAGUGUUGCAACAAUAGGUGUGUUUGGUGCACAGUUGCUGGCAGGUGUCAUAGGGUCCACACUGGUGCAGAAAUACGGAGGACGCAAAAUGUUGAUUGUUUCAAAUAUUGUCAUUAUAAUUUCACUCACUGUGUGCACAAUCAGCAGAGGAGUUCCUCACUCAAAACAUAGUGCUGCUGUAUUUGUGGCUGUUGGUGCUAUAGGACUCUUUCUAAUAGUGUGGUCAGCUGGUACUAAUCCAUCUAUAUUUGCUCUGCUGGCAGCAAUCACAACAGAACCGACUAGGCCAACAGCUUUUGGAUAUGCAGCUCUUUUGUUUUGGGUAUCUGACUGCUCAGUGGGUGUCGGAUUCCCAUUUUUACAAAAAUAUGUAGAGGCUUACUCUUUGACUCCCUGGUUAGCUUGCUCAGUUGUCUUUCUGUUCUUUUCCAUCUUUUUUAUACCAGAAACAAAAAACAAAUCUGUGAAGGAAAUUCAGGCUAAAUUUGGCAGAUCUGCUGACGAAGAAAAUAAACCACUUUUAAAUAAAUGAUGCCUCAGUGUGAUUUAAAUGAAUAAUAGCAGGUAAUGAAUGCUGUCUGGCAAUUUUGUGUGCACAAGUCUUAAGGUGACGGUUCAUGCAAUGCAACUUGGUGGUCCAGGGUUCAACACUAUUGUAGUAGCAAUAAUAAAACUAAGAGCAUGAAGUCUAUAGAUGUAA